AUGGAGCGUCCGCUCAACCUCAGCUGCUUCGACGAUACGACGCCAGAAGCCGGCAACCGGAGCGUGUCCUCCGCCAGCCCGGAGAGUGGCCGUGCGCAUCUCUCGGUCUUCAGCGUACUGGUCCUCACCUUGUUAGCCAUGCUGGUGGUGGCCACCUUCCUCUGGAACGGGCUAGUCCUGGCCACUAUCCUCCGGGUGCGCACUUUCCAUCGGGUGCCCCACAACCUGGUGGCCUCCAUGGCUGUCUCUGACGUGAUGGUGGCGGCCCUGGUCAUGCCCCUCAGCCUGGUGCAUGAGUUGUCCGGGAGGCGGUGGCGGCUGGGCCGCUCGCUCUGCCAGGUGUGGAUCUCCUUUGAUGUGCUGUGCUGCACUGCCAGCAUCUGGAAUGUCACCGCCAUUGCCCUCGACCGCUACUGGUCCAUCACCCGCCACCUGGAGUACACGCUCCGCACCCGGCGCCGCAUCUCCAACAUCAUGAUUGCUCUCACCUGGGCACUUUCUGCCUUCAUCUCCUUGGCCCCGCUGCUCUUUGGCUGGGGAGAGACUUACUCAGAGGACAAUGAGGAGUGCCAAGUCAGCCAAGAGCCUUCUUACACCAUCUUCUCCACUUUUGGCGCCUUCUUCCUGCCCCUCUGUGUAGUGCUCUUUGUGUACUGGAAGAUCUACAAGGCUGCCAAGUUUCGAAUUGGGUCUCGGAAGAGCAACUCCAUCACUCCCAUUACACCAGAAGCCCUGGAGGUACAAGAAGCUGCCCAGCAGCCACAGAUGAUCUUCACUGUCCGUCACGCCACUGUUACAUUCCAGACGGAUGGAGACACGUGGAGAGAGCAGAAGGAAAAGAAAGCUGCCCUCAUGGUGGGCAUCCUUAUCGGGGUCUUUGUGCUCUGCUGGAUCCCCUUCUUCAUCACAGAGCUCAUCAACCCCCUCUGCUCAUGCGACAUCCCACCCAUUUGGAAGAGUAUAUUUUUAUGGCUAGGCUACUCAAAUUCCUUUUUUAAUCCACUCAUCUACACUGCUUUCAACAAAAACUACAACAAUGCCUUCAGGAACCUGUUCUUUAGACAGCACUGA